AUGGUCGGGUGGCUGGAGACCUUCUCUGUCGCCGACCUGUUCGGCCGGUGCUUCGGCGGCAAGACCAAGGCGCCAGGCAAGGACGGCGACGCCCCCGUGCCCAUCCUCGAAGCCGAGGAAAACCCCAAGCAGCGACUGUCCAUCGAGGACCAAAAGAUUGGCCUGCUGAGCGGCCGAAAGCCGAUCAAUCAGGACCCGGGCAGCGAGCAACCGACGAAGAGGCGCUCCGUCAUGAGCACCGGCAUCUGGCUCAACGUGCAGCACCCCAAGAACGUCCGCAUCUACCGCAGUGCCCCCGCGGGCGAGGUACCUCUCUCCAAACUACCAACGGCCAAAGACCCCUCCACGACCCACGACUCGCAUUGCUAA